UCCUUCUUUAACAGUUUGAUCACCCAGAAAACCAGACGCAAAAUGGGUUCAACGGAGUACCAAAUGAGUCCGGCGGAGGAGGAAGAGGAAGCUUGUAUGUUUGCCAUGCAACUUGCUAGUGCUUCAGUGCUUCCAAUGGUCCUGAAAUCAGCUUUGGAGCUUGAUCUUCUUGAGACCAUUGCCAAUGCUGGCUCAGGUGCCUAUCUCUCUCCUUCGGAACUCGCCGCUCAACUCCCGACGGAAAAUCCCGAUGCACCUGUCAUGCUUGACCGGAUUCUCAGGCUUCUCGCUAGCUACUCAGUUCUCAAAUGCACUCUCAAAAACCUCCCCGGUGGCGGUGUUGAGAGGCUCUAUGGCCUCGCACCGGUGUGUAAGUUUUUGACUAAAAACUCCGACGGUGUCUCCAUCGCUCCUCUCGUGCUGAUGAAUCAAGACAAGGUCCUCAUGGAGAGCUGGUAUUACUUGAAAGACGCAGUUCUUAAUGGUGGAAUUCCAUUCAACAAGGCUUAUGGGAUGACCGCAUUUGAGUACCACGGCACAGAUAUGAGAUUCAACAAGGUCUUCAACCAGGGAAUGUCUGAUCACUCAACCAUUACCAUGAAGAAGAUCCUUGAAACUUAUAAAGGGUUCGAGGGUCUGUCAUCAGUGGUUGACGUUGGUGGUGGCACAGGCGCUACACUUAACAUGAUAGUCUCUAAGUACCCCACUAUCAAGGGGAUUAACUUUGAUUUGCCCCACGUUAUCUCAGAUGCUCCAUCUUAUGCCAGUGUGGAGCAUGUUGGUGGAGACAUGUUUGUCAACGUGCCAAAGGGGGAUGCCAUUUUUAUGAAGUGGAUUUGUCAUGACUGGAGCGACGAACAUUGCCUGAAAUUUUUGAAGAAUUGCUAUGAGGCACUUCCGAACAAUGGGAAGGUCAUCAUUGCCGAAUGCAUUCUUCCGGAGGCUCCAGACAGUAAGCUUACGACUAGGAAUGUCAUUCUUAUUGAUGUUAUCAUGUUGGCUCAUAACCCUGGAGGGAAAGAGAGGACCGAGAAGGAGUUUGAGGCACUGGCAAAGGGAGCUGGAUUCCAAGGUUUCCGAAAAAUGUGUUGUGCUUUCAAUACAUGGGUUAUGGAAUUUUUGAAAUAGAUGCGAGUCAUUGGCUUGGGUUCGUUCCUAUACCAAAUGCUUGUGAUUUAAGAGGAUGUGAGAGUGUCUCUUUCCACUUGUGUAUGCAAUUAAUAAAAUAAAAUUGUGAUUUACGGC